AUGUAUAGUGGAUUUCUAAGUAAAAAACUUGAAUACGAGUACAAUUCUAUUGUUAAUAGAAUGAUGAUUUUGCUGAUUGAUUAGUUAUCUUUAUAACUAUAAUUGAAUUAGAUAGCAAAUAAAACUUUCUUUGACAAACAAUUUUAUAAGCUUUACAAUCAAAUUAAAGAACUGGAAGGUUAGAAAGCACAGCCACCAAAAUUUAGCAAUUUGUUAUAGCCUUUACAAUUUGUUAUUCAAAACAAUGGAAACCAACAGAUUACAACUAACAAUUAAAAUUAACAAUGUUAAAAGCCCUAUGUUCCUCCAAUUUUAGAAUAAGAUGCUGCAUUUUCUACUUAAUAUACAAAAACCUAGACAAUCUCAACAAGGGCAAAAUCUUAAAUCGUACAAGCAAGACAAUAAUAAACAUUUUCACCUAACAAAGUUAGUAGAGUUUGUCGAUAUUCAGAUAGAAAAAAACCAAAAGUAUAAUUAAUGAAUGUUGGUGAAUUCUAUGCAGAUUUUCAGAAUGAUUCUUAAAUAUUAGGGAAAAAAUAAUAAAAUAAUGGGUAAAGGUUCCACACUUUGGAUUAAAAUUCAAUACUGAAAACACCUCUGAAUUUGGAAGCUUAGUAAAACAGAGAUACAUUAAAAGUCUGA